GGAAGCGGAAGCGGCGGGUCUCCAUGGCGGCGCCGGCAGCGGGCCCGGUGUUCUGGAGGCGGCUGCUGGGCCUGCUGCCUGGCCGGCCCGGGCUGGCCGCGCUCUUGGGCCGGCUGAGCGACCGCCUGGGCAGGAGCCGGGAGCGCCGGCGCCGGAGGUCACCAUGGCUGUUACUGGCUCCCUUGCUGUCCCCAACGGUUCCUCAGGUCACCUCUCCACCGUGCUGCCUAUGUCCCGAGAGUGUGCACAGGUUCCAGUGGAUCAGAAACCUGGUCCCAGAAUUCGGGGUCUCCAGUUCUCACGUCAGGGUGCUCUCCUCCCCUGCAGAGUUCUUCGAGCUCUUGAAGGGGCAGAUAAAAACAGCCAAGAGGCGAGUUGUGAUGGCAUCCCUCUACCUGGGGACAGGACCUUUGGAGCAGGAACUGGUGGAUUGUCUGGAAAGUUCUCUGGAGAAGUCACUACAGUCGAAGUUUCCUUCCGACCUCAAGGUCUCUAUCCUCCUGGACUUCACCCGGGGCUCAAGAGGUAGGAAGAACUCCCGCACCAUGCUGCUCCCACUCCUGCAGAGGUUCCCAGAGCAUGUGCGUGUUUCCCUCUUCCACACGCCAAACCUCCGAGGGCUCCUCAGACUCCUCAUCCCAGAGCGCUUCAACGAGACCAUCGGGCUCCAGCACAUCAAGGUGUACCUCUGUGACAACAACGUCAUCUUGAGUGGCGCAAACUUGAGUGACUCCUACUUCACCAACCGCCAGGACCGCUACGUGUUCUUACAAGACUGUGCUGAGGUCGCAGACUUCUUCACGGAGCUGGUGGACGCCGUGGGGGAUGUGUCUCUGCAGCUGCAGGGGGAUGACACGGUGGACGUUGUGGAUGGGAUGGUGCACCCCUACAAAGGUGACCGGGCUGCAUACUGCAGAGCAGCUAAUAAGCGGGUCAUGGACGUGAUCCACUCAGCCAGGACCCGACAACAGUUGCUGCACGCACAGACCUUCCACAGCGACUCUCUGCUGAGUCAGGAAGAGGCUGCAGCUGCUGGGGACCGGAGACCAGCGCCUGACACCUGGAUUUACCCCCUCAUCCAGAUGAAGCCCUUUGAGAUUCAGAUAGAUGAGAUAGUCACCGAGACCCUGCUGACGGAAGCUGAGCGAGGAGCUAAGGUCUUCCUCACCACUGGCUACUUCAACCUGACCCAGGCCUACAUGGACCUGGUGCUAGGCACUCGAGCCGAGUAUCAGAUCCUCCUGGCCUCCCCAGAGGUCAAUGGCUUCUUUGGAGCUAAGGGAGUGGCUGGCGCCAUCCCAGCUGCCUAUGUGCACAUUGAGCGGCAGUUCUACAGCGAAGUGUGUAGCCUGGGGCAGCAGGAUCGGGUCCAGCUUCAGGAAUACUGGCGCGCGGGAUGGACCUUUCAUGCCAAAGGCCUCUGGCUGUACCUGGCAGGGAGCAGCCUGCCCUGCCUCACGCUGAUUGGCUCUCCUAAUUUUGGGUACAGGUCAGUUCACCGGGACCUGGAAGCCCAGAUUGCCAUCGUGACGGAGAGCCGAGCCCUGCAGCAGCAGCUCCAUCAGGAGCAAGAGCAGCUCUACUUGCGAUCGGGCGUGGUGACCUCUGCGACCUUUGAGCAGCCAGGUCGGCAGGUGAAGCUGUGGGUGAAGAUGGUGACCCCGCUGAUCAAGAACUUCUUCUGAGGACAGGAAUGGCCUUGAUGAAGAUGACAGGCAUGACUGGUGUGAGAUCCUUCAGCCGUGCUUCAGCAAUGACUCCAGUCUGGGUGUCCCAGCGAGCUCCUGCGGGGACAGUGUAACUGAGGGGAGGCUGAGCCGCGGUUGCUGUCUGACCGUGAAUAAGGCGGCACCAGCAGAGAGAGGCCUGGCCUCCAACCCCCCAUCUUUGCAGAGACGGGCCAGUGAAGUGGGAGCCCUGAAGUGUUCAGGCCGGGUGCCAGGGGCUGAAAGUGCCAAACAUGGGGUAUGAACCGAAGACUUAGAGGUGACCGCAUGCCGUAAUGGCUCUGAGGCCGCGUCUCUUCAGAGGCUUGUCUCAGCCUUCUGAAUGUCAGCGGCAGAAAACUGACGGAGGCUGAAGAUUCCAGCAUUGUCCCUUCCUGUGUAUGAAUGUCUACCCUCUAUGUACAUAGGGAAUAAGUUAUAUAUAUAUAUGUAUGUAUAUGUAUAUGCCUAUAUAAACACUAUCUGCCCUUAACCUGA